CGGCCGUUGGGCGCGAGCAGCCGUUGUGGGGUGGGAGGGGGGCGCCUGUAGAGCUCCGAGCACCACCAGCUGUUGGCCCCCCUCAGCGCCGCGCGCGGUAACGGCCGCCCGCCACCUCACGGCUGAACCCUCACGGAGAAGCCCAGCCCGGGCGGGAGAGGAAAGAACAGCGGCGAAGAAAGCAGUACAGAAGCGGAGCCAAGGAAGCGCCUGCCACCCACCCGCUGGCGACGACAUCCCUUUCUCUGGGACAGGCCCUCCCGCCCAAAGGAAGCCGCGUGAAUACGCGAGUCUUUUCACCCCCGGGGAAUUACCACCGCCACAGGAAUAAUCCUGUCGUUGUCCAUGUUGGUCGGCCCACAGCGACGUUCUUAACACUUCUGAGGGGUCAGGGCCGACCUGAUGGCUGCCAACGUUUUCUUGUUGGUUGGCACCUGAAAAGUUUUGAAGGGAAGAGAGACUAUGCAUAGAGUGAAUUUAAACCCACUUACAUAGCACCUGGCUGUUGGCUGCCUUUCAUGGACACUUUGUAAAAGGAGGUUUACUGAUUGACUACCAUCUGAUGUCUGAAAACAGCACUGAGCAGAAAGUGCAGGCUACACAGCACCAUUUUUAUGUGGAUUUAUACAGCUUCUGGCAGAGCAGACUCCCAGUGCUUGACUGGUGAGGAAAUUUUUAAUUUGCAUGGGAUACCGAACAACAGUCACGUAUCAAAUUCAAGCUUCUCUUCAAUAUGUCCUGCUGUUUUGCAACAGCUAAUUUUUCACCCAUGUGAUCAUCAGGAAAACUUUGUGGAUACAUCUAAACCACAUUCUUUACAAGUUUGGGGAUUUGGGUUCCUGGCUGUGACUAUCAUUAACUUGGCAUCACUUCUGGGAUUGAUUUUAACUCCCCUCUUAAAGAAGUCAUAUUUCCCCAAGGUUUUAACCUACUUUGUGGGCUUGGCCAUUGGUACUCUCUUUUCUAAUGCAAUUUUCCAGCUUAUUCCAGAGGCAUUUGGGUUUGACCCCAAAGUAGAUAACUAUAUUGAGAAAGCAGUUGCUGUAUUUGGUGGAUUCUAUAUUCUCUUCUUUGUGGAAAGGAUUCUUAAAGUGAUACUGAAGAUCUAUAACCAGACUGGCCAUAAUGACUCCGAAAAUGCUGAAGAGAAUCGUUCUCAGGAUAAGACUAACCCACCCAAACCACUAUCAUCUAGCAAUGGAGGAACAUGUUACGCAAAUAUAGCAGUCAUAGAGAGCAAUGGAAAUCUUGGUUUUGACAGCAUCAGUGUGGUCUCAGCACAGGAAGAAGCCACCCAAGGCAGCUUAUGCAAGUGUCUUAAAGGGCGUCCACUGUCAAAGAUUGGCACCAUUGCUUGGAUGGUAACACUGAGUGAUGCCGUACAUAAUUUCAUAGAUGGUUUGGCUAUUGGUGCUUCUUUCACUUUGUCUCUGCUUCAAGGGCUUAGUACCUCCAUAGCCAUCUUGUGUGAAGAGUUUCCUCAUGAACUGGGGGAUUUUGUCAUCCUGCUUAAUGCAGGAAUGAGUACUCGGCAGGCUCUGUUUUUCAACUUUCUGUCUGCAUGUUCCUGUUACAUUGGGAUGGCUUUUGGUAUAUUAGUAGGCAACAACUUUGCUCCUAACAUCAUCUUUGCUGUAGCUGGUGGAAUGUUCCUGUACAUCUCUCUGGCAGAUAUGUUCCCAGAGAUGAAUGAUAUGCUGCAAGAGAAAGUGACAGGAAGAAAAAUGGAUCUCACCUUCUUCCUUAUUCAGAAUGUGGGUUUACUAACAGGGUUUACUGCUAUACUGAUGAUUACCCUGUAUGCAGGAAAUAUUCAACUGUGAUAAUGCAAGUGAAAAUGGAAUCAGCAUUGAAGACAUCAAGUAAAUUACAAAUGGAAGACACUUGAAAUCCAUAAAGGGACAUUCAUUCAAUCUACUUGGGAAAUGGUGACAAGUCCCAUCCCGUCCCCCUCGUUCCAAAUACAGGAAAUACUUCUUUAGGAUUUGCAGUCAAUCCAAAUAGUAGGAGCUGUUGACUUUUGUACUAUGCCAAAGAACCAAUUCUAAUAUUUUUAUUUCUACUUAAAAUUAUCAGACUUACCUGAACUGUCAUAGAGAAAGGAUGUUACUUGGCCAGUAGAAUUACACAAUACAUGCAACUACAUGCAACUCAAGACCAAAUGAAAGCUGAGGUCUUCCAGGAAGAUGCUUAUUUAAAAGAAAAUAACGGAGUCUCAUAUCCUUUUUUAACUGUGGUGAAGGCAAGCAGUUUCAAAGCUGGUUAAUUUUCAUUACUUUUGUUGCAGGAUUUGUCUGUGUAACAUCCCCUUCCCCACCAAAAAAAAAAAAAAAACCCCAAAAAACUAUUUCAGAGUAGGUACUAAUGAAGCUAAAAUUUUUAAUUACUAGUUAACACUGGAAGGAAACAUACCAGUUACUGCUUUUGAUCUUUUUUUCUUUGUAAGUGCACUAGGGAAUUGUUGAUUUCUUUUGAGAACCACUUUUUUAAUUAGAGGGAGUCUGUGUUAAAUUUAUCGCAAUUUAUCAACUCCAUAAUAUGUUAGAAGCAUCGAGUAUUUUAAAUAUGCUCAAGCAUUUUGUGUUUUAUGAAAAUAAUAAUGUUUAAUAUUAAAGUUCCACAAAUAUCCCUUUUAAAAAUCAGUAUUUGGGGUUAAAAUUUUUAAAGAUUGAUUGUUAGUUUUACAAAGUGGAAUUUAGAAAAAACUUGCUAAAAUCAACAUUCCAGUAAGCUUUUUUGUAAUUUGAAUGAUUUUCUUGUGUGCAGUUGGGUGAAAGUAAGUGAUACUAAAAUAUACAAACUCUUAUCACAAUCCGUUGCAUGUGAACUUUCUAAAAUCAUGCUUACAUGUAUGAGUUCUUCUGAAAUAAAAAUUCAUCUACUCUGGUGUUCUAAGAUGUGCGCAAGGAAAUUAAUAAAAAAAUAUAUUCCAUUUCAGUCACCACUAAGCUUUGAAGGAAGUUUUGUUAUUCUCUAGUAAGUUACUUUUUUGCAUUGACUUUUAGGCAGGUUUUACAACUUCAGAGAAGAUACUGUUUCUUGAUGUAUUUCCUGGCAGUAGGAAGACACAAAUUUUUCUGUUUUAAUUCACUAUUAAAAUAUAUUUUCUAUCAGGUAAAGGAUUUAUUUUAAUCUUGUAUUUGAAUCUUAUCUGUAAUUACAUUAGAAAAAAAUAACUUCUCUACGUUUCUGGUUGAUAAAAAUUUUAAGGCAAACUGCACAGGAGUUGUAAAUUAUACUUAUUUUAAAAUAAAUGUUAUAAAUGUAAAAAUG